UAGAGUGGAAUUUAUUUAUUCCAUUAACCUUCUAUCCACCAUCCACGAGGCCAUAAAAGUUCCCACGAGGUGUAUUGAAUACCGCACAGAAAUCCCGUAAGUCAAGCCCGUGGGGCAGGUCCAGUGAAAUUGUCGUUUUUCGCGUACGGAGCAACGGAGUCGGAAAGACUGGUUUGCACCAGACAGGGAUUAGUCAACGGGAAGACGUCGCGACGACCGUACAUUCCGGGCCUGAUUCAGGCCGACCAUGGCUGUCGACUCGAACUCGAUUUUCCGCCUCGUGUUCGGCUUAUCGGUGAUCAUCGCCUCGAAUCGAGCCACGGCUCGACCGCAGCGCGCCGAUUUCGAAUUUUUCCCCGCGGGGGAGUACAAUUGCUCGUCCUUGAACAAUAACGAUUGGUCCUUCGAUAAGAAGAAUCGUGAAGCAAGAUUUACGGUAGGAGAGGAUAUCGUAUACAACGAGACCGAGGAUGAUUUAACAAUCGAUAAUGAAAUCAGAGGAUUUUCUUUCUCGAACAUCGUUGAUUCUGUGUUCACCGUGAUGGCUAACGGACUCGAUUCCAUCGUGACUAGUAUCAUCGGCACGGAGAAAAGUGGCAAGCCUAAACCCAACAGAGUGAAUUACAAAAAUUAUCAAUUGAUCAGAUUGUUCCCUAGUUCCCAAGGGCACGUGAAAGAGUUAAAGGAGCUGAAGGAGGCCGAGACUGAGGAUAUUAAAUUUUGGAGCGAACCGAUGUACAACAAAACAACCGACGUAGUCGUUGCUCCAGAUCUUGUCUCCGAGCUGAAAAUAUUCCUUAGAGACAAAGGAAUCGAUUUCAAAGUUUUGAUAACGAACAUUCAGAAAACGAUAGCGAAUCAAAAUCCAAAAAUGUCGAAGGAACAACGCGACGAUCUCGUCUCGAGCCAGGGGCACAGUAUGACUUGGAAACGAUAUCAUCGAUAUGGAGAGAUCGUCAGGUACAUGGAGUAUCUGACUCUAAAGUAUCCCAAACUGGUCGAAGUGAUAACUAUAGGUCAUAGUUACGAGGGUCAACCCAUUAAAAUGGUCAAAAUUUCGAACGGGCGAAACAAAAGGAAUGGAUCCAAAUCGACUGUCUGGAUAGACGCUGGUAUGCACGCGCGCGAAUGGAUCGGUUCCGCUGUGGCGACCUACAUCAUCAGCCAGUUAGUCGAGAAGAACUCGAGCUACGCUAAAUUGCUGGAGAGUUCAGACUGGAUGAUCUUACCUGUCGCGAAUCCGGACGGCUACGAGUACAGUCACACGAGUGACAGAUUGUGGAGAAAGACGAGGAGCAAUCACGAGGAGAAUCAAGAGGACAGUCGGUACACCGAUUACAGCUUCCUUCAACUAUUGAACCAUUAUACGAAGUGGUUAUGGGGUAAGUGCGAGGGCGUCGACCCGAACAGGAAUUUUGGAUACCAUUGGGGCGAGGUGAAGGAGGGUGGGGCCAGUCUGGACCCCUGCCACGAAACUUACGCCGGUCCACGAGCCUUCUCUGAACCGGAAACCAAGGCUAUGGCCGAUUACAUCUUGGCCAAUAAGAAGGAUAUCAGGGUUUAUCUGACGUUGCACUCUUAUUCGCAAAUGUGGCUCGUGCCGUGGGGAUACACGUAUUCGAAACCGUCCGAUUACACGGAAUUGAUGAACGUAGCUAAAAAAGCGAUAGGGGCGAUCUCGAAGGUGCACGGGACCGAUUAUCAACUCGGUCCAUCAGCCGAUUUGUUAUAUCCAACCUCAGGUGCUUCUGACGAUUGGGCCAAGGGUGUAGCCGGGAUAAAAUACGCUUACACGUUGGAACUUCGAGAUCGAGGAACAUACGGAUUCUUGCUUCCAGCAUCGCAAAUCGUGCCUACUGCUCGUGAAAUUUGGGCAGGGAUAAGAACGAUCGCUCGUUUAGUAACGAGCAAUUAUCGAAUAUGAUGUGAGAAAUUCUUUUUCGAGGGAAUUAAAAUAUAAUAAAAUUAAUUAUUAGCGGGAUUUUUAUAUUUAUUGUAUACGUUUUAAAUAGAAAUACGAUCGCGUAUGAUUAUAAUUGAUUUAAACGAUGAUGUGUAAAUAUUGUAAAUUAUUCAUAGAGAUAAUUUAAUCUAAUAAAUGUAUAUCCAAGGUUGAUCAAUUUAAAAUGAUUUAUGAAUGGCGUAUAACGAAAUGUAAUGAAAAUUUUAAAAAUUGUGAUUCACCAUUGUGAGAUAAAAACGAGUUGAAAACAUUUCAAUACUUACUUAAACGAUUAGAAUUUAUGUUAUUAUAAAUAUAAUUAUGAUUUUGUUAAUUUUUUUAUAUCUAUAAGAAUUUUAACAAUUUAAUUAAACUAUUCAAUUGAAACACUCGAAUUUAAUCAUUGAAACCUUAAUUAAAGCAAUAAUAAUUGAGAAUAUUAUUAAUUAUUGGAGAUGAAAAAAUUUGAUCUGAUGGAAAUCUUGAAAUCUUAUUGGUCGAUAAUCAAUAUCGUUUUUCAAAGAUGAAGAUUUUAUUUUAAUGUAAAUAUCUGACGUAAAAAUAGUAUCGAGUGGAUCCCUUAUCAAUUAUAAUUUUAAAUUAUUAUCAGAUAUCGAGUUACAACAUUCUAUAUAAAUCGUAAUUUCCACUAGAUAUUUCAAAUUAUGUACAGACAAUCGUACAUAACAAUGCUCACCAAGUGUCUAUUGGUUACUAUUUUCGUAAUCCAGGCCUGUUUGGCCAAAUCCUUGGAACCCCGUAUCACGGAUGGCGUCCCCGCCACUCGUGGUGAAUUCCCAUACCAAGUUUCUGUCCAAUGGGGAAUUCCACCCUUAACUCAAUACAGCCACUCGUGCGGUGGAUCCAUCUUGAACGAAA